GUGCUAUUUUGGCGGAGAUGGUGAUGAAUGGUGAUAUGAUCAACAAGAGGAGAGGAUAACAACUUCAUUUGGAAGAGAUUCUCAUUCGGUGGCGCCGCUUCUAUCACCCGGGCGUAUAAAAUUCUCCUUUUCACUUUUAAAUCUGACAUUUAUCAUCCUUCUCGCGUCGAUGUCACUGCCCCACAACAGAGAAUCCAAAAACCACUCUCUAUCAAUCCAUUACUCAUUAUAGUUCACACAAUCACACACUCUCCUCUGCACAAGAAGUAAAGAACGCUAAAAGGAAUACGAAAUAAGGCAGCAUCAGAACACUAUCAAUGAGUUUGUAGAGGCCAGAGGCAAUAUAUAGGUGUUGAACCCGACUAAAGAUGGCUUUUAAGCCAUUGGAUUGGUAUUGCCAGCCAGUGAAAAAUGGGGUGUGGUCAAAGGCAGUGGAGAAUGCAUUUGGAGCGUAUACCCCAUGUGCAACUGACUCUCUGGUCAUCUCUGUUUCUCAACUUGUUGUUUUGGGUUUGUGCCUAUACAGGAUAUGGAAGAUCAUGAAAGAUUUUAGUGUCCAGAGGUUCCGUUUAAGGUCGAACUACUAUAACUAUAUGCUGGGUUUGCUGGCUGCUUAUUGCGCCGGUCAACCUUUGUAUAGAUUGGUUAUGGGAAUCUCAGUGUUAAAUGUUGAUGGACAGACUGGUAUUGCUCCAUAUGAGACAGUUUCAUUAAUCAUUGAAUCUCUCACAUGGUGCUUUAUGCUGGUGAUGAUUGGCCUCGAAACAAAUGUCUACAUCCGUGAAUUUCGUUGGUUUGUUAGAUUUGGAGUAAUUUAUGCUUUGGUAGGGGAUGCUGUGAUGUGCAAUCUCAUACUAUCUGUCAGGGAGUUUUACAAUGGGUCUGUACUGUAUUUGUACAUAAGUGAAGUUGCAGUCCAGGGAUUAUUUGGCGUGCUCCUUCUCUUUUAUGUUCCCGAGUUGGGUCCUUUUCCAGGCUACUCUCCGGUUCAGACUGAAUCUGUUGACAACACAGCUUAUGAAAAACUCCCUGAGGCAGAGGAGAUUUGUCCUGAGAGGCAUGUCAACAUAUUGUCCAGAGUUAUUUUCUCAUGGAUGAACCCUCUUAUGCAGCAAGGUUAUAAGAGGCCUCUUACAGAAAAGGAUGUAUGGAAACUGGAUGUUUGGGAUAGGACAGAAACACUUAACAAUGCGUUUCAAAAGUGUUGGGCAGAGGAGUCUCAAAGGCUUCAACCAUGGCUUUUGAGAGCAUUAAAUAGAAGCCUUGGAGGAAGAUUUUGGUGGGGAGGCUUCUGGAAGAUUGGAAAUGACGUCUCCCAGUUUAUUGGGCCACUCAUAUUGAAUCAACUCUUACAGUCAAUGCAAGAAGGAGAUCCGGCAUGGAUUGGCUAUAUCUAUGCAUUUGCUAUCUUUCUUGGAGUGGUAUUUGGUGUGCUGUGUGAAGCUCAGUACUUUCAAAAUGUCAUGCGUGUUGGAUUUCGCCUGAGAUCAACUCUGGUUGCUGCAGUUUUUCGGAAGUCCUUGAGGCUAACCCAUGCGAGUCGGAAAAGAUUUGCAACAGGAAAAAUAACCAACUUAAUGACAACUGAUGCUGAAUCUCUUCAGCAAAUAUGCCAAUCACUUCACACUUUAUGGUCUGCUCCUUUUCGGAUUGUUAUUGCAAUGGUUCUUCUAUACGAGCAGUUGGGUGUUGCUUCCCUGCUUGGUGCACUCAUGCUUGUUUUAAUGUUCCCUAUUCAGACUUUAGUAAUAAGCAGGAUGCAGAAAUUGACAAAAGAAGGAUUGCAGCGCACUGAUAAGAGAAUUGGACUGAUGAAUGAAAUAUUGGCUGCAAUGGACACUGUCAAAUGCUAUGCAUGGGAGGACAGUUUCCAAUCAAAGGUUCAGGGUGUUCGAAAUGAGGAGUUAGGUUGGUUUCGUAAGGCACAAAUGCUAGGAGCAUUGAACAGUUUCAUAUUGAACAGUAUUCCAGUUUUGGUUAUUGUGGUCUCUUUUGGCGUGUUCACUUUACUUGGUGGGGAUCUAACACCUGCAAGGGCAUUUACAUCUCUCUCAUUGUUUGCAGUGCUACGCUUUCCACUCUUCAUGCUUCCUAAUAUUAUAACACAGGUAGUUAACGCGAACGUUUCUUUGAAACGUCUUGAGGAACUUUUGUUAGCUGAAGAGAGAGUACUUCUGCCCAACCCGCCUCUUGAGCCCAGACUUCCAGCCAUUUCGAUUAGGAAUGGGAUCUUUUCAUGGGAAUCAAAGGCAGAGAGACCAACUUUGUCAAAUAUCAAUUUGGAUAUUCCAAUUGGUAGCUUAGUAGCAAUUGUUGGUGGUACUGGAGAAGGAAAGACAUCACUUAUCUCAGCAAUGCUUGGGGAGAUUCCUGCUGUUACAGAUUCAAGUGUUGUCAUCAGAGGAACCGUCGCUUAUGUACCACAAAUCUCCUGGAUUUUUAAUGCAACAGUGCGCGAAAACAUAUUAUUUGGUUCUCGAUUUUCACCUGCAAGAUAUGAUAAGGCAAUUGAUGUGACUGCAUUACAGCAUGACCUUGAACUGCUCCCUGGUGGCGAUCUUACUGAAAUUGGUGAAAGAGGAGUCAAUAUUAGUGGAGGGCAGAAGCAAAGAGUUUCUAUGGCUAGAGCAGUUUAUUCUGAUUCUGAUGUAUACAUAUUUGAUGAUCCCUUAAGUGCACUGGAUGCUGAUGUGGGCCGCCAGGUUUUUGAGAAAUGCAUUAGGGGAGAGUUGAGAGGAAAGACCAGAGUUCUGGUAACAAACCAGUUGCAUUUUCUUUCACAAGUAGACAAAAUUAUAUUGGUGCAUGAUGGUAUGGUGAAAGAGGAAGGAACCUUUGAAUAUCUCUCAAAUAAUGGCAACCUAUUCCAAAAACUGAUGGAAAACGCUGGAAAAAUGGAGGCAUAUGCAGAUGAAAGGGAAAUUGUUGAAAAUAUUGAUAACACCUUAAAUCCUGUUACUAAUGGUGUGGUUGAUUCUACAGAUCCAGAGAAAACAAAUAAACCGAAAGGAGGCAAAUCUGUUCUCAUUAAACAGGAAGAACGGGAAACAGGUGUUGUAAGUUGGAAAGUUUUGACAAGAUAUAAGGAUGCUUUAGGAGGUGCCUGGGUAGUUAUGAUACUGUUGAUGUGCUACGUCUCAACUGAAUCUCUUCGAAUUGGAAGCAGUACAUGGUUAAGUUUUUGGACUGAUGGAAGCAGCUCAACGAGAUAUAGUUCCACUUUCUACAAUCUUAUUUAUGCAGUUCUAUCAUUUGGUCAAGUUUUGGUAACACUUACCAAUUCAUUUUGGUUGAUCACUUCAAGCCUUUUUGCUGCUAAAAGGUUACAUAAUGGCAUGCUGAACUCUAUUUUAAGAGCUCCAAUGGUCUUCUUUCACACAAAUCCACUUGGAAGGAUUAUCAAUAGGUUUGCUAAGGAUCAAGGAGACAUAGAUCGGAAUGUUGCACCAUUUGUCAAUAUGUUUAUGAACCAAGUUUCCCAACUUAUUUCAACAUUUGUGCUAAUUGGUAUAGUUAGCACAAUGUCUUUAUGGGCCAUAAUGCCACUUCUAGUGCUGUUUUAUGGCGCUUACCUGUACUAUCAGAGCACUGCCCGUGAGGUAAAGCGUUUGGAUUCCAUUUCUAGAUCUCCUGUGUAUGCACAAUUUGGAGAAGCACUGAAUGGUCUCCCAACCAUUCGUGCAUAUAAAGCUUAUGAUCGAAUGGCUAACAUCAAUGGGAACUCUGUGGAUAACAAUAUUAGGUUCACUCUUGUAAACAUGAGUGGAAAUCGUUGGCUUGCAAUUCGUCUAGAGACUUUGGGGGGCCUUAUGAUCUGGCUCACUGCAACAUUUGCUGUGAUGCAGAAUGGAAAUGCAGAAAACCAAGAGGCUUUUGCCUCUACUAUGGGUUUGCUUCUCAGUUAUGCCUUAAAUAUUACAAGCCUAUUAACUGGUGUAUUGAGACUGGCGAGUUUGGCUGAGAAUAGUUUAAAUGCUGUUGAGCGCGUUGGCACAUAUAUAGAAUUGCCUUCUGAAGCACCUCCUAUUAUUGAGGACAACCGUCCUCCUCCCGCAUGGCCCUCAGCAGGAUCAAUUCGAUUUGAAAACGUUGUCUUACGUUACAGGCCUGAACUUCCUCCUGUUCUCCAUGGUAUAUCAUUCACUAUUCCAUCUAGCGAUAAGGUUGGAGUGGUAGGGAGAACAGGAGCUGGGAAAUCUAGCAUGUUUAAUGCUUUAUUCCGACUUGUGGAACUGGAAAGUGGAAGGAUCAUAAUUGAUGAAUGUGACAUUUCAAAGUUAGGAUUAUUGGACCUCCGCAAGGUUCUUGGUAUAAUACCACAAUCACCUGUUUUGUUCUCAGGUAGUGUGAGAUUCAACCUUGAUCCUUUCAAUGAACACAAUGAUGCUGAUCUGUGGGAGGCGUUAGAGAGGGCACAUCUAAAGGAAGUCAUCAGGAGGAGUUCUUUGGGUCUAGACACUGAGGUGUCAGAGGCAGGAGAAAAUUUCAGUGUUGGACAGAGGCAACUAUUAAGUCUUGCUCGAGCAUUGCUUCGCAGAUCAAAGAUUCUCGUCCUUGAUGAAGCAACUGCUGCUGUUGAUUGUAGAACUGAUGCACUUAUACAGAAAACCAUAAGAGAAGAGUUUAAAUCAUGCACAAUGCUCAUUAUUGCUCACCGUUUGAACACUAUCAUCGACUGUGAUCGAAUUCUCCUGCUUGAUUCUGGAAAGGUCUUGGAAUAUGACACACCAGAGGUGCUGCUACAAAACGAAGAAAGUGCAUUUUCUCGAAUGGUUCAGAGCACGGGAGCUGCUAAUGCCCAGUACUUGCGAAGCUUAGUACUUCAUGGUAGAGGUGAUACGAAAACCGAUAUGGAAAAUCAGGCAGAUGGGCAAAAGAGAUUGUUAGCCUCUUCGCGCUGGGUUGCUGCCACCCAGUUUGCACUGGCUGUAAGCCUAACUUCAUCGCAUAAUGACCUUUUGCAAUUGGAAAUUGAAGACGACGGGGAUAAUAUCCUCAAGAAGACAAAAGACGCAGUGAUCACUUUACAGGGUGUUCUAGAAGGGAAGCACGAUACAGUAAUUGAAGAGACCCUGGAUCACUACCAUGUUUCCAGAGAGGGAUGGUGGUCUUCUUUAUACAGAAUGAUCGAAGGUCUUGCAAUGAUGAGUAGGCUGGCAAGGAACAGACUUCAUCAUCAUGGAGAGUAUGGUUUUGAGGAAAAAACAAUCAACUGGGACAACACUGAGAUGUAGUAGAUAGAUCAAGUUGUUAAUUGUUCUACUGCCUACUUGUACAUGGAAGUUGGAACUUCCCUUUUCAACACACUCCCAAUUUUUAUAAUACAACAUUUUGGUCCCGCCUAAA